AUGCCGACGUUCGGGUCACUGCUCAAGAAGAAAAAGACGCAUUCGACAGGUUCGAAGGAGUUGUCCGCUUCGUCUACUGCUGCAAGUGCCGAAGCUCCCACCACAUCAGCGUCCGAUAAACCCGCCGACGAAACGGAGCAGUCAAAGGAAUCGAACGACAGUAACAUCAACAGUGCUGGAUCGACCGGCGCCGAGGCAAGCAACAAUACCAAAAGUGGUUCGAACGACAUUCAGAUGACAUUGAAUUCGUCAACAAAUCAACAAAUUGCGCAAGACGCAAAUAAUUCCUCUUCACACCACCAUUAUCUGCCGAAUAUUGGCAGUAUAAAAAGCAUCAUUAACCCGACGCACCAUCAGCAUGGAAACGACGUACAGGGACAAGACCAUGCCGAGCACACCAACAACAACAACAAUAACAACAGCAGCACACAAAACUAUGUCCAAACCUCACAGGGCCAAUUGCCGAAGUCGCAAUCCAGACAGACCAAAGGGAAAUAUUCUCUGGAAGAUUUCUCGCUGCAGCGAACUUUAGGAACCGGAAGUUUUGGCCGCGUGCAUUUGGUGCAGUCGAGGCAUAAUCAUCGCUUCUAUGCGAUCAAGGUGUUGAAAAAGGCCCAGGUGGUCAAGAUGAAGCAGGUGGAGCACACGAAUGAUGAAAGGAGGAUGCUUCAGAGAGUGAAGCACCCUUUCCUCAUCACCCUCUGGGGUACUUUUCAGGAUUCGAAGAAUCUAUAUAUGGUUAUGGACUUUGUUGAAGGCGGAGAGCUGUUUAGUCUGCUCCGAAAGUCGCAGAGAUUCCCUAACCCUGUGGCUAAAUUCUACGCUGCUGAAGUGACAUUGGCUCUGGAAUAUUUGCAUGCACAGCAUAUUAUAUACCGAGAUCUCAAGCCCGAGAAUUUGCUGCUGGACCGGCAUGGGCAUUUGAAGAUUACCGAUUUUGGAUUUGCCAAAGAAGUUCCGGAUAUCACAUGGACAUUGUGUGGAACGCCGGAUUACCUUGCACCGGAGGUUGUGUCCUCCAAGGGAUAUAAUAAAUCAGUAGACUGGUGGUCAUUGGGCAUCCUCAUAUUCGAGAUGCUUUGCGGCUUUACGCCGUUCUGGGACAGCGGAUCCCCCGUCAAGAUAUACGAGAAUAUCCUCCGAGGCAAAAUAAAAUAUCCUCCAUACAUGCAUCCAGAUGCCGUUGAUCUUUUGUCGCAGCUCAUCACCCCAGAUUUGACAAAGCGACUGGGCAACCUUCACGGGGGCCCGGAGGAUGUCAAGAAUCACCCUUGGUUCGCCGAGGUGACUUGGGACAGAUUGCUGAGAAAGGAUAUUGAUGCUCCGUAUGUUCCGCCUGUGAGGGCCGGACAGGGAGAUGCCAGUCAGUUUGACAAGUAUCCCGAGGAGAACGAAGCAUAUGGCAGUACCGGAGAAGACCCAUAUCAUAAUCUUUUCACCGAAUUUUGA